CAUCUCAAAAUCGAGGUUGACUUUGACGGUGUCCGUAACUACUUUACACUCCCGUGACACAAUGGUUUCGUUGUCUCUUAAUUCGUUGAAACAGGUUAUGCGAGCAAUGAUUGAUUCUAGUGGAUUUGAUCGAGUUUUAAGAAAGGUAGAACUCGUCUCAGCCAGUCCGGGCAAAGUAGUUUGUCAGAUGAAGGUAGAAGAAGAACACACAAACCGAGGUGGGACGCUCCAUGGCGGACUAACUGCCACACUUGUGGACGUGAUCUCUACUACUGCAUUAUUAUAUACCGAGAGAGGAGCGCCUGGUGUUAGCGUUGACAUGAAUAUCACGUACAUGAGUGCAGCAAAACUUGGGGAGGAUGUCUUGAUUACAGCUCAAGUCCUGAAGCAAGGACGGACAUUGGCCUUUGCCACAGUGGACCUCACGAACAAAACCACUGGAAAACUUAUUGCACAAGGGAGACACACAAAGCACCUGGGUAGUUAAUUUGGUGAUAAUCAUGAUUUUUUAGGUUUCAAGAAUAAGAUGCAUCAAAUCUGUCAUGUAUUUUUCUUGUACAUACUGUUUAAGUGUGUGUGUGACCAAUAAAGUACUUCUUCUUCACAAAAUAAACACAAUGAGACAGUUUCAAGGUUUGCACAUAUUUGGAUAUGUUCAGCAGAUUUAUUUCAAGAGAAUUAUUGCGAACAUGACGGGAAAACCACAAAGAAAAUGACCCACUAUCACCUUUCAUUUGAACUUAGUGUAUUAGAAAGGGAGAGAGAGAACGUAAUGAUUUUGUCUUGUUCAUCCAAUAAAGCUGGCUGACAAACACCAAG